CUUGAGCUCACGCAUGACGUUAGCACGCUCUCCCCACAAGCUCCGCCCCUUUCAUCCAGGACCUGUUUGUAUUUACAGCUCAAGUUCCUACAGUUUUCAUCAAUAAACCGAGUCCUAACCCAUCUGGAGCGAACUGAGAGUAUCACCAUGGCCUUUCAGGGGUCUGGGGAACUCGAAGAUCAGAUCGAGGAGCCGGAAGACACCCUGAGAGUGUCUCCGGCGGAGGAAAUGCCCGUCGAUGGGCCUCCAGCAGUGGAAGACCCGGACCCGGAGCCGUUACUGCUGCCGUGGGACCGCUUCUCCACCUGGCUCCACUGCAUCUGCGUGGUCGGCUUCGAUCUGGAGCUCGGGCAAGCUGUGGAGGUGAUCUACCCACACCACUCCAAACUGACUGAAAAAGAGAAAACCAGUAUAUGCUAUCUGUCAUUCCCGGACUCCAAUUCAGGUUGUCUGGGGGACACACAGUUCUGCUUCCGUUUCCGGCAGGCCACAGGCAGGAAGUCGUCACUCGGAUGUUUCCUCGACCACUUCGACCGGGAUGCGCCGGUCUGUCUCAAGAGAGAUCAGGGUUAUUACUACGGGUACGUGUACUUCAGACAGGUGCGAGACAAGUCGCUCAAGAGGGGCUACUUUCAGAAGUCUCUGGUCCUCAUCAGCAAGCUGCCCUACGUGACCUUUUUCCACUCUUUGCUGAAGCUCAUCGCCCCGGAAUACUUUGAGAAGCAGGAGCCGUGUUUAGAGGCCGCUUGCAACGACAUCGACCGGUGGCCCACGCCGUGUCCAGGGAAGAUUCUCACGCUCCCCAUCAUGGGUGUGGUCAUGAAGCUACGCAUCCCCACGUGUUAUGACAAGCCUGGAACUUCUCAGCUCGUCCAGUCCGCACCGAGCGACAGUCUGGUGUCCAUCGUUCUGCCCACCGUCCAUGAAGUAGAUCUCUUCAGGUGUUUCCAUCCAGUGUUUUUUCAUAUCCAGAUGUUGUGGGAGCUGGUGUUGCUGGGUGAAGCGCUGGUGGUCAUGGCUCCGUCACCGGCAGAAUCUUCGGACACUGUGUUGGCAUUGGUCAGUUGUAUCUCUCCUCUGCGCUACUGCAGUGACUUCCGGCCGUACUUCACCAUUCAUGACAGUGAGUUUAAGGAGUACACCACUCGAACACAAGCUCCGCCUUCGGUCAUUUUGGGAGUUACGAACCCAUUUUUUGCCAAAACUCUCCAGCACUGGCCUCACAUCAUCCGCAUCGGAGACAUGAAGCAAGCAGGAGAGAUGGCCAAACAGAUGAAAGUGAAGAAACUAAAAAAUCUGAAGACUUUGGACUCAAAACCUGGUGUCUACACUGCAUAUAAACCUUUCCUGAACAAAGACGAGGACAUUAUCAAGCAGCUCCAGAAGGGAGUUCAACAGAAGCGUCCUUCAGCGGCCCAGAAUGCAAUUCUGCGACGAUAUUUCCUGGAACUUACACAGAGUUUCAUCAUUCCACUGGAGCGUUAUGUGGCCAGUCUAAUGCCUCUACAGAAGAGCAUUUCACCCUGGAAAAGUCCUCCACAGCUGCGGCCGUUCAACCAGGAAGAGUUUAUGAAAACACUGGAGAAGGCUGGACCUCAGCUCACCUCACGACUCAAAGGAGACUGGAUCGGCCUCUACAGGCAGUUCCUGAGGUCUCCGAACUUCGAUGGCUGGUUCAGGAACCGCAGGAAGGAGAUGAUGCAGAAGCUGGAAGCUCUUCAUCUGGAGGCGCUCUGUGAGGAAGACCUACAGCUGCGGAUACAGAAACACACAGAGGUGGAGACGGUCGAUCUGGUGCUCAAACUCAAGGAGAAACUGACUCAGGCCGAGAAAGAUCAACUUCCUGUCAAACCAGGAACUCUGCCCAAACUACAGUCCCAUAUCGAGACCAUCAUACUCUCUCUUCCAGAGGACCUGCAGGGCAUCUUACAUAAACCGCCGAGCCCUUGACCAUCAGCCAACGCUGAAGGACCAGACUGCGGCUCAUACGGGGUUAACAGACACGAACUUCCACACGUGUGAUGGAUUUCUGCUGGAUCCUCCUCCAAGUGCACUUGUUGCUGCGGAUCUGAGUGCCCUUGAACGGACAAUGCUGGCAUUGCCAAAAACAGCACAGACGACAGCACAGGAAGUGACUGAGCGCGCGAGGGACGAAUGAUGGCAGAAAUGACGCACACGUGUUACGGUCUGAAUGCUGUAAGUCUCACUGUGUGAGAUUAACAUUCCCGCUGAUUUUAAACAUGAAGAUACUUAUACGAUGGAAUCAGGAAAAAGCGAUCUGGAUCUGAAGCUGAAUGGGCCGGAUUCAUGUUCACCUCUAAUAAUAGAAAUAUUUAAAUGGUUGUGCUGUGACACCAGAACAUCAUCAUUCAUGAAACCUGUCGAAAACAUGUUCAGGUCAUAUUUCACCCCAAAAUGAGGAAGAGGGAAUAAGAAAUAUUUUACAUAAAAAAAAUGAAGCCUAUUUUAAGACCAUUUUAUUGUGGCAUAUAUAUAUAUAUAUAUAUAUAUAUAUAUAUAUAUAUAUAUAUAUAUAUAUAUAUAUAUUUAUAUACACACUCUGUGGCAUUAUUUUUGUGAGAAUCAGGUCAUAUUUCACCCCUAAAUGAAGAAGGAGGAAUUAAGAAACUAUAUUUUGCAUGAAGAAAAUGAAGCAUAUUCUAAUUCUAUGAAUAUAUAUAUAUAUAUAUAUAUAUAUAUAUAUAUAUAUAUAUAUAUAUAUAUAUAUAUAUAUAUAUUAGCCCUGUGGCAUUAUUUUCAUGAUAAUUAAACACAUUUUAAAUCCAGUUUUUAUUAUUAUAAUACACCAAAUCUAAUUUUCAUUACUGUACUAUGAAAAACAUGACAUUAUUUAAAUUAUAAAGUAUUCAAUUGUUAAAUAUUAUUAGUGUUUUUUUUUUCUAUUAUUAUUAUAGAGAAUCACCAUGAAUAUUGAGAAACUCAAAAUGAUGCAUUACAUAAUUUAUGCUGAAAUGUACUUAAUUAUCAAGAAAAUGUCAUCAAAUGAAAAGGUCUAAAAAUGGGCUUUUAUAUAUUUUUUUUCCAUUAUAUUUUGGGGUGAAAUGUUCCCUGGAAAUGUUUUCAUGAAAUGCACUGUUUUGAAUCGUGUUAAUUGGUGUGAUAUUGCAAUAACAGGCAGAUUUAUUUCCCCUUUAACAGACACCAACACUACUAACGUAUAAAUGUUGAAGGACACUAGUGUGAGUAUAGUUCAUCUUUACAAGGUCAAUUAGCACAUUAUCGCAGGUGCCCGACAUUAACUCAACAGCACAAAUGCAAUGAUGUCUAUUUCUCAUGAUGAAGGCAAACCCAACGAAGAGCAGUGGAGUUUUACAUGUAUUUAUUUUUAUUUUUAAUUCAUAAGCUGACUAACCACAAAAGGGAAAAUAGCCAUUGUCUUUUCCUUUCCUCACCGGUCACUGGUUAAACCGAUAGAACUAGUCACUUUCCCGCACUGAGAUUGUGGUCUUCCUUCUAAUUCAAUAUCAUAUAUACUUCAUCAUUCAGAAAAUUAUAUUUACACACAAUAUAGUCUUCAAAUACAGCUUUUCUUUACACUUGCUUGACCGAUAAAGGUGAAUACUGCAGUUUCUUUGUGCCUUUCAUUUUCUGAUUAGUUUGAUUUGAUCAAUUUUCCAUCUCUUUUUUAGGACCAAGUGUGUAGUUUUUGAGUACAUGAGUGCUUUAAUGUCAUGAAAUAUGAUUGUUUGACCUUUAGAAAGAGCUGUUAUUUGCACUUUAUCAGUGGAACGUGUCGAGCAACAGAAGACGUUCUCCUCAAAAACACAUUUUUAUGGCUUGUGUUUUACAGCUGGUCAUAUUCCAUGAAGUCAACCAUGUUUGAUAUUUGAAGAUGGAAAUACAAACUUUCUGUUGUGUGCCUUGAGCUAGAAAGACAAACCGGUGAAGAACCAAAGACCGUCACACUUCUGUACAACUUCACUCUCUAACUGACACUGUUUCCACAUGAAUGCUUUAUCUGGUUGAUUAUGCUGGUUUAAUUUGGACUCAUGGGACGCCUUACGUAUGUUGUUUAAUGUUCAUUUCCUGUAGUGUUGUCAAAAGUACCGACCGCGAUACCAAGUCGGUACUGACAUUUUAAAAAAUUUGACGGGUUGAGCGGAUUCAUAAAUAUCUCUGAUUGGCAAUUGUGUUCACGCGCUCAUCGGAAAUAUCUGUGAUUGGCUACUGCUUUCAAACGGUGCCACUUUCAAAUUCAAACGGUCCCGCUUUCAAACGUUCCCGCUUUCAAAUUCAAACGGUCCCGCUUUCAAAUUCAAACGGUCUCGUGCAUUGAUCAGUGUAGCCAAUCACAGACAUAUCUGGUGAUGAGCGCGCGAACAUAAAGGCCAAUCAGAGGUGUUUACGAAUCCGCCCAAAAAGCGCUCGUCACAUUUUUAAAAUAUUAGUACCGACUUGGUAUCGCAAUCUGUACUUUUGACCACACUAAUUCCUGCACAUGAAUCUGGGCCUGUCUGACAGUAGGCCUGUGUAAACUGGUUGUUGGGCAACCAUUCAUGUUUUAUAUUUGAAGAACAACCUAUUUUAACAUGCUUGAAUUUUAAAGAGGUAUAUUCUGAUAUUCUAAUACGCAAAUAAUGAACUGCUUUUGACACGACGCCUGUUUGUUAUACUGAUGGAUAUUUUCUAACAUCUGUAUUUUUGAUCUGCUCAUUUAUAUUGGUAGUUAUUAUACAGGGUGUUUUAUUUGUUGCUGUGGUGAUUAUUAUAGAAUGAUAUAAAUGGAAAAUUAUGGUUUUUGUAAACCAUGUACAUCGAACCACAGUCUGUUUCAGCAUAAACAAUAUUUUUCUAUCAAACCCUUAACCACUAUUUUAUUUUUAUUUUUUCUGUAACCAACAAUAGCUUUUCCCUAGAAAGUAUUUCAUUGUUCUGUUACUCCUUAAUGAAGAACAAGUAUAUUUUUUCCAGGUGUAAAUAAAUGUCAAUAAUGAAUCUG